CCGCCCUCGAGUCCCCGGUGAGGACAGCUUCCGUUACAGAGUUCACAGCUCGAGUUACAGACAGACACGCUAGAUCUCUCCGCGAUACAGGAUAAUUAGCGGUUAUUAACUGUCGUUAUUAUUAACUGUUCGUUUUGUAUUUGGGACUUUGUCUAUAAAAGGACAAGACACAUUUGGAAGAAACUCCGCAGAGUUUUGUCUCUAAGCAGCUCCAACUGUCAACAGUUUUCUGGAGGAACUAAACGGGAUCUAGGAAGUGCCUCGCUUCCAGUAAAAUACAACCGAGAGAAAAGUUUUUAACCGCAGACAGACGAGACUUUUUUUUAAAAGAGUCUCGUCAUCAGAAUAGUUGAACAAGUCACCCACGUCCAUCUGGAUUAAAGCUGCUGCUGUUUGAAAAGAUCCUCUGACUCACACGAACACACAUCCCCGGUGCUCGACCGGAACGGGGCUGAAGCGGUCAUGUGUGACGGGCGUGGCGGGGUGGGGAAGUUUGUCCCGGUUUACCUGUGUCUGCGUGUUUGUUCAUGAGAUGUGGUUUGAGGCUCCACUGGGAGAUGAACCCGUGAUAAUCUCACAGAGACAUUUUACAUUCAGCCUGUAACUAUUUACUUCUGCUCAAUUCUAUUGCGUUUUACAACACGAGGAGACGCACUGACUCAAUUUGGACGACCGGUAGUUUAUACGGUGCUGCUGAUUAACUAGUCGGUCUCGGUUUCUGUCGGCUUUGAGGAGAAAAGUCGCCGUUUUAUUUAUUUUAAACCUUAUUCGUGUUUUAUGGGAUAAAUCGUGGGAAGCUGGUGUACACGGAUACGAAUACAACAUGAGCUGAGACAGUUGAACUCUUGUCGGAAAGGUUUGGUAAAUCUCCCGGUUCAACCGUGGGAUUGUAUAUUUAAUGUUCUUCAGUAUUAUCUGCUGUGUUAUAUUAUUGAUCCGUCAGUGAUUAUCAGUUAGGUAUUGAUCAAGCGUAGCGCCAUGGCUCUGUCUCAGGUGCAGUGUCUCGAUGAGCAUCACAUCAACUGGCGCGUGACCGAGUCCAAACCCGAGUUCUUCUACAGCGAGGACCAGCGGCUCGCGCUCGAGGCUCUGCUGACCGGGGGGCGAGAGGCCUUUAGCAGCUACCUCAGUGAACAUGACCUCCGACACUUCCUGUCUGAACCGGAGCUCCUGCGGCUGGCGCGCACCGUGGAGGCCUACCGGCCUGGAAGCGAGCACCUCAAGGCCGAGGCGGGAGCGGGCAGCGCGUCCCCGAAGGAGUAUGACGGGGGCAAUGGGCCACUGUCAUUACAGUACUGGCCCGACCGCUCUGAAGGUUCUAUACCCGACCUGGACCUGGGCUGGCCCGACGCCGUGUCAUACCGAGGAGUGACACGUGUCAACGUGCACACGCAGCCCCCAGCUGAUGGACAAACACACAUCAAGGAGGUGGUCCGGAAGACUAUAUCACAGGCUCAGAAGGUUAUAGCAGUAGUAAUGGAUCAGUUUAGUGACGUUGACAUCUACAAGGACCUGUUAGAUGCGGCCUAUAAGAGAAGAGUUCCUGUCUACAUCGUCAUCGACACAUCUGCUGUCUCCUGCUUCCUGGACAUGUGUUGUAGAGCCAACAUGCACCAGGGACACCUCAAGAACCUGCGUGUGCGAUGUAGUGAAGGAGUAGAAUUCUACACUCGCUCGGCUCAGAAGGUCCGAGGUUCUCUCAGUCAGAGAUACAUGCUGGUAGACGGAGACAGAGCUGUGACUGGAUCAUACAGCUUCACGUGGUCGGCGUCUCGUCUGGACCGGAACCUGAUCACGGUUCUGAGCGGUCAGGCAGUUGAGACGUUCGACAAACAGUUCCGUGACCUCUACAUGACCUCUAGGGGUGUGUCCCUCGCCAAGGUUCCGCUGGAGGAGGAGCCUAUCCCUGACCUCACCCCCAUCGCCACCCCCGCCCCGGUCUCCGCAGCCGUUGCUAGGAAACUAAUCAACCCUAAAUACGCCCUAGUUACGUCACAGACUAAAGCUAACAAUGCUAGCCCAGCUAGCUCUGCUAACGACUCUAGCAACAAGAACUCCACUACCCAAAAUCCACUGGGACGGGUUCUAAAGCCUGCCAGAGAGCCAGUGGAGGCCCCGCCCCUCCACCCAGGACUAGCCAAUCUGGAGAAGGCGUACCUGAUCCCAUACCUGCCCACCUGGCCGGAGCCAGACCCCCCCCGCGACGUGAUUGGCUUCAUCAACGUGAGAGACGCGUCCCGCCCCCAACAGGUCCACCUCCAGAGAAGUCAACAGUUUGAGACCAGCCAGGCCAUCAGGUUCAGCUCUCCCUUCAGCCUACCUGAGAAACCCCUACCUGAGACUGCUACUCUACGGAAUACACAGCACGACAAACACACGCCUGAUACACAGAACCCUGAUACGCCUGAUACACAGAACCCUGAUACACAGAACCCUGAUACCCCUGAUACACAGAACCCUGAUACACAGAACCCUGAUACGCCUGAUACACAGAACCCUGAUACACAGAACCCUGAUACGCCUGAUACACAGAACCCUGAUACGCCUGAUACACAGAACCCUAAUACACCUGACAUAAACCCCUCCGCGCCUCCAGUCCCUAAACCUCGCACCCUGCAGCUCCUCAUUAGCCCUGCCCAUUCUCACCAGUCUGGCCAACCACAGGUCAGCCUGGUCCCCAGGACUGAAAGCCAAUCAGGGACACCGCCUGCCUCCAUCAGCCAAUCGGAAACACUGAUGGAUACCAAGUCCCGCCAUGGGCAGAGAGACGAGAAAGAGGAGGAGGAGGAGUGGCUCGAGGAGGAGGAGUGGCUGGAGGAGGGGCUAGAGGGGAGGCGGGGCAGCAGUAGUCAUGAUAAUGGCAGCACCACGGCGCUAUGUGACCAGACAGCCAAUAACACGUCGUCUGACGACUUAUACUACGAGUGCAACGAAUCAGACCCCACAGAAUCCUCGCCGGUGGCCAAUGGGUUAACAGCAGAGUUGGGCCGGGUUGGCGAGGGUCAUCGUCAUGGAAAUGGAGUCAAUGUGAUGGCGAGGUUCUCCCAGAGCAUGCUGGACCUUCGGCCUCACAGCCAAUCAGACGACAGGGGAGUUCUAAUGAGCCAAUCACAGGACCGAAGGGGUCAACAGACACGCCCUCAGCCACACAGACAUAUCGGACAGUUGUUUCAGAGCUCCAGGUCGCCAGGUCGUGAUGGGCGCCAGAGGGGCAGGGCUAAAAUCGUCAUUGCCAAACCAGGAAGUGUCCACCGCUCGCCACUAGCAUCGUGCCCUGCGAUUGGAGGACAUCGCUACUUGCAGGGCCAAUCACUGCAGCCCUCCGAUACUCGCUCCAGCCGGUCUCCACGACGACACAGCCCUGUCUACAAAGGGGCGGGACUUUCCCCUGGCCACGCCUCCCCACGCCGAGCAUCCAAUCCGGCAGGAGCUAUGGGCGUGUCCUUCUCCAAACUGACCAAUCAACUACUGAGGGGGCGGUAUAUAGCCUCACAGACGAAAGCGUCGCUUGACAACAAGGAGGUCGGCUAGGAUUGACUAAUGUAUGGACCAAUGGGACGGCUAGCAGGAAGUUAGACAGACAAUGUAACUGAAUGUUGUUGUUUUUUAUGUUUGUCUGAUUGGUUGCUCUGACUUGAUCAUGUGUCUGAUUGGUUGCUCUGACUUGAUCAUGUGUCUGAUUGGUUGCUCUGACCAUAUCAUGUGUCUGAUUGGUUGCUUUGACCAGAUCAUGUGUCUGAUUGGAUUGCUCUGACUUGAUCAUGUGUCUGAUUGGAUUGCUCUGACUAGAUGAUGUGUCUGAUUGGUUGCUCUGACCAAAUCAUGUGUCUGAUUGGUUGCUCUGACUAGAUCAUGUGUCUGAUUGGUUGCUCUGACCAGAUCAUGUGUCUGAUUGGAUGCUCUGACCAGAUCAUGUGUCUGAUUGGUUGCUUUGACCAGAUCAUGUGUCUGAUUGGUUGCUCUGACUAGAUCAUGUGUCUGAUUGGUUGCUCUGACUAGAUCAUGUGUCUGAUUGGUUGCUCUGACCAGAUCAUGUGUCUGAUUGGUUGCUCUGACCAGAUCAUGUGUCUGAUUGGUUGCUCUGACUAGAUCAUGUGUCUGAUUGGUUGCUUUGACCAGAUCAUGUGUCUGAUACAACGUGAUAUCUGCAGGACCAAGACAGAUUCACUCUGAUACAACGUGAUAUCUGCAGGACCAAGACAGAUUCACUCUGAUACAACGUGAUAGCUGCAGGACCAAGACAGACUAACUCUGAUACAACGUGAUAGCUGCAGGACCAAGACAGAUUCACUCUGAUACAACGUGAUAGCUGCAGGACCAAGACAGACUAACUCUGAUACAACGUGAUAGCUGCAGGACCAAGACAGACUCACUCUGAUACAACGUGAUAGCUGCAGGACCAAGACAGACUCACUCUGAUACAACGUGAUAGAUGCAGGACCAAGACAGAUACAACGUGACUCUUUCUUUAACUAACCUUGUCUGGAUGUCUGUCUACUGUCUGUCUACUGUCUGUCUACUGUCUGUCUACUGUCUCUACUGUCUAUCUACUGUCUGUCUACUGUCUAUCUACUGUCUAUCUACUGUCUGUCUACUGUCUAUCUACUGUCUGUCUACUGUCUAUCUACUGUCUGUCUACUGUCUGUCUACUGUCUAUCUACUGUCUGUCUACUGUCUGUCUACUGUCUAUCUACUGCCUGUCUACUGUCUAUCUACUGUCUAUCUACUGUCUGUCUACUGUCUAUCUACUGUCUAUCUACUGUCUGUCUACUGUCUGUCUACUGUCUAUCUACUGUCUGUCUACUGUCUGUCUACUGUCUGUCUACUGUCUGUCUACUGUCUAUCUACUGUCUGUCUACUGUCUAUCUACUGUCUAUCUACUGUCUGUCUACUGUCUGUCUACUGUCUAUCUACUGUCUGUCUACUGUCUGUCUACUGUCUGUCUACUGUCACGUUAAUUGAAUGUUUGCCAGAAAAAUGUUUUAAUGUUGUUGUUUUUUUAACAUGGGCUUUUCCUGGCCAAUGGGGCGAUCUGGACGUAAUCUGGCCAAUGGGGUGAUCUGGACGUAAUCUGGCCAAUGGGGCGAUCUGGACGUAAUCUGGACAUUUGUUGAAACCUUAAGAUUUAAGGAUUUAUUUGAUUUUCCUCUGUUUGAGAGGGCUGUCCUCUCCAGGCCCCCGUAGUCUGACCAGCUAGGUUUACUUGGCUGGAGAGACUCUGAGUGGCCUAACGCUCACUCUGAUUGGUUACUGGGACUAUGGGGGCGUGAGUAACGUUUUGAAACGAUGGCAGAUUUUUGCCGAUGUUGGACAUGAACGUUGUUAUAACGUUAGGAGAAUGUUAUCAAUAAAGUGAUCUUGACUGAA